CAUUUUCUUUUCUUUUUUCGGUAGAAUAAAACAUAUACAGUAUUAGGCAAUGAAAAAUUUAUCCGCGUAAAUUUAUGCGCGUAUCAAAGAAAAAAAAAAUCACAAUAAUAAUGAAUCGGUUGGUCUGAAGUGUGUAGGGCAAGCGUUCCUUCCAUUCUUACGGAUUGAUUCAUUUUCUCUUUGUUUUUAUUGCUACGAACUUCGAUCUUGAUUAAUUCUUUUGCUGUUCCGAUCAGAUCAGGUCAACAAUUCUCGAAUCGGUGUUUCAACAUCUUCUUCUAUUAAUCGGCAACCAUGUUUACCCGAAUUUUUGGUAAACCUAAACAAGAAACAAGUGCUCUAGCAACUAUAGACAAGUUAAAUGAGACACUUGAAAUGCUAGAGAAGAAGGAGAAAGUGCUACUUAAAAAGGCUUCAGCAGAAGUUGAAAAAGCCAAAGAAUUCACUAGGGCAAAGAAUAAAAGGGCGGCGAUACAAUGUUUGAAGAGGAAGAGGCUAUAUGAACAGCAAGUAGAGCAGCUUGGAAACUUCCAAUUGCGUAUCCAUGACCAGAUGAUAAUGUUGGAAGGAGCCAAGGCGACUACAGAAACGGUUGACGCUUUGAGAACUGGAGCAUCUGCUAUGAAAGCUAUGCAAAAAGCAACUAAUAUUGAUGAUGUUGACAAAACCAUGGAUGAGAUCAAUGAACAAACAGAGAAUAUGAAACAGAUUCAGGAAGCAUUGUCAGCUCCAAUCGGUGCAGCUGCCGACUUUGAUGAGGAUGAAUUGGAAGCAGAACUUGAAGAGCUAGAGGGUGCUGAAUUGGAAGAACAACUUCUUCAGCCUGCAACUACAGCUCCAGCAGCAGCAGUGCAUACCCCAGCUGGGCGGCAACCUACCCGCCCUGUGUCUGUGCAACGCACAGCUGAAGAAGAUGAAUUGGCGGCUUUGCAGGCUGAGAUGGCACUUUGAGCAGGCAUUGGAUGUGCAUAAUAUGUGACCUCUAUAAAGAUUUGGAACCAGUGACAUGCAGAAUUCUGCCCAACCUUUAUUAUUUGUGCAAUUAUUGAACAAACAUGAUGUAUAUAUAGAUGAUAAAAAUUGAACAACCCUUUGAAAACUUCUUUCAUGCUUUUUCAUAAAGUUGAAAACCGUGUUUUACAAUUGUGCUGUUAUGAAAUAUACGAUGCAUUUGGUUAUUUGAAACCUUGUCAUCUAUAAACAUUAUUUGUCACAUUGAUCAAUGUAUAUCUCUUAAGCCAUAAUGGAGAAUAACAAAUGAAAAAUGUUAGUUUUGA